AUGUCUGGUUCUCAAGGUCCUCGCGGGACCAUAGGAGCGACAACCACCAUGAACAAUAAAGUAAAUAUCGAAGGAACCAUUCUAUUUGAGCAACCUCUUCUCAGAGUACCCCAUGAGACCCUACGCAAGCAUUUUCGAAACUCACAAAAACACAUUGAGCGUGAGUUUGGGGCCAUUCAGUCCGCAUCGGCCGAGCUCGCGAAGCCUAGACUUGGUGAUCGGGACCCAAUUGAGACAGCAAAAGUUUUGGAUGGUGUUAUAGCUCGGGUGGAGGGCCUCAAAAAGAGGUUGCUAGACAUUCAAACAAAUCAUGUUACUCCCAGCCAAACAGCGUUUAAGCAACGUUUAGAACACCUACUGUUAUUAGAAAACGCCGGAACGACGGAUCAACCUGAUUAUAUUCGGUGGACAGACACUCGUACUGACAGAUGGGUCGUCGAUUGGGCGCUCAGGAAUUCACGCGAUGAAACUGCACUGACCCUCGCCCGGGAGAAAGGCCUGGAGAAUUCCCUCGAAUUCGAGCUUCGACUACAGGAGUAUAUCGAAAUCGUCCAACAGGGGAAGACGGCUGAGGCCAUGGCGUACUUGAAGAAACACCUUAUUUCAUGGUAUGACACUCACCCACAGCAGUGCAAACAAGCCGCUGCACUUCUUGUUUGUCCUCCUUCGAUGGGGAUGCUUACCUACAAAGAGCUGUAUGAUCCUCAGAGGUGGUCUUAUUUAAUUCGCACCUUCCGGCACGCCGUUUACGCCUUGUAUAAUAUCCCUACUACUUCCCUUUUGGCACUGGGCCUGUCAGCGGGUCUUACAUCUCUUAAACUUCCCGCGUGUUAUGACCCUGCUCAACGCAAUGUCGACUGUCCAGUAUGCGAUACAGAUGGUUUAGGGGUACUGGCGAAGGAGGUCCCCUGGAGCCACCACAUUAAUUCGGUGAUAGUCUGUCGUAUUACGGGCAAAAUCAUGGAUGGCGAUAAUCCACCCCUGUGCCUUCCCAACGGCCAAGUUUAUUCUCAAAAGGCCCUCGAGGAGCAAGCAGCCAGGAAUAAUGGCCAGGUGACAUGUCCCAAGACAGGGGACGUAUUUUCAUUCCAACAAACAAAGAAGAUGUUUAUCUCGUGA